UUUUCUUCUUCAUGUGCGGUAGCAAAGCGGAAGUACUUCAGUGGAGUCAGCCAAGGCCAAAAUCAACGCAAGCUUAGCAGCAAGAUGGCUCACAGGCUGCUAAUGCGCAGAAUUUGGACGCUCUCUUCUAAAGACAUCCGCUGCCUCCCAGCGUCCACUGCCACCUCCUCCUCCUCCUCCUCCUCCUCUUCUUCUUCUUCUUUUUCAACCUCUUCUCUGCAAUCCGCCGCAACCCGGGUGUCCUUCCUCUCGCCAUCGCGUACUCUUCCUCGCUCCCUCCCUCACACCUCCCGCAGGGAAGUCUCCUUCAACGUUCAGGACCACGAGGACUUCACGGACAGGGUGAUCAACAGUGAGCUGCCCGUGCUAGUUGACUUCCAUGCACAGUGGUGUGGUCCCUGUAAGAUCCUCGGGCCGAGGUUGGAGAAGGCGAUUGCGAAACAGAAAGGCCGCGUUACCAUGGCAAAGGUGGACAUAGACGAUCACACAGACCUGGCCAUCGAGUACGGGGUGUCUGCCGUCCCGACUGUGAUUGCCAUUCGGGGAGGUGACGUAGUCGACCACUUCGUGGGGAUCAAAGAUGACGACGAGCUGGACUCAUUUGUCGGCAAGGUCAUUGGACAAUAACCGUUUCCAACCAUGCCAUUCACCACCGUCACGGUGCCGUUGUGUGUGAUCACGGCCACCAUCUUUAGCCGGUUUAAAACAAAAACUUGCAACGAUCCCAAGUGGCAAACACUCGAAUGCUCACACCCAUCCCUAGACGAACUGCUCCAGCUUCGCAUCUUAGCUUCUGUCUCCGUCUCUUGUUAUUUUUUUGUGUAGAGAUGGGUGUGCGCUUUCGUUUUUCUGUGGGGUUUUUCUUGCAGCGUUUUCCAUUUCUCUUCAAUAAUGUGACAGCUCCACUCCUCACAAGAGCACCUGGGCUCUUUAUACGUAUAUGUAAGUCUGCUGAAUGGAAAAUGUGUCGCCGCACAGCAAAUAUACUGUAAAACAUGAGGGAUGAACUUUUUUCUAGCUUUAGCGGUUGGAAAGGAUUCAACUUGACAAACUGACAAUACUGAAUGAGGCUAGUUACAGUGUUAACCUGUAGUUCCUGCUUUUGUCCACACGCUGGUGACGUUUCUCCUAACAUCGCAAAGCCGCACAUUGGUCGUUUUACACCAUUCUGCCUAAUGAUGUGAGAGAGGAAGUUGUGUGUGUGUGUGUGUCUCCUGACUUAAGUCGAGUGGGAAUUGCAAAUACAAGUUUGAUUUAGUUUAUUACUCAAAUGAACUCUAUGUACCGGAAACAUGACCAAGUGAAGUAAUAAAGGAGUCAGAAGAUGUUCUGUAUUUGUAUUGUGU